AUGGAGUCCGGAGGAAACCUUCACACUAUACAAGUCUAUUGUAGAAUUGUGUCUCAUAUCUGUGUGUCUGUCUGUGUCUGUGUGUGUAGCUCUCUGGUUGUAGAGAGGCAGCCCUGCAUGCCCACCCACCCACAGAGACCCCUGGUGCUGAAAACAGGCGUCCAGUUCACGGUCAAACUCCGGUUCCUGGUGAAGCUGCAGGAGUUCAACUACCAGCUCCGAGUCAAGGCCGUGUUUGAUAAAGAUGUGACGGACAAGAAAGGAUUUCGGAAGUUUAAUAUUUUGGGAACAAACACCAAAGUUAUGAACAUGGAGGAGUCGAACGGCAGCCUGGCAGCAGAGUUCAGACAUUUGCAACUGAAAGAGCAGAAGGUCGCCGGCAACCGAACAAACGAGGGUCCUCUGAUCGUCACAGAGGAGCUUCACUCGCUGAGCUUCGAGUCGGAGCUGCAGCUCAACCAGUCGGGACUCAACAUCAAACUGGAGGCCAUGUCUCUGCCUGUUGUGGUCAUCUCUAACGUCUGUCAGCUGCCCAGCGGCUGGGCCUCCAUCCUCUGGUACAACAUGCUGAACACCGAGCCCAAGAACCUGAAGUUCUUCCUCACCCCUCCGGCGGCCAAGUGGUCCCAGCUGUCCGAGGUCCUCAGCUGGCAGUUCUCCUCGGUCACCAAGCGAGGCCUGAGCCAGGAGCAGCUCAACAUGCUGGCUGACAAGCUGCUCGGAGCCAAAGCCCAGAGGAAUCCCGAGGGACAAAUCCCCUGGGUCAAGUUCUGCAAGCAGCAGAGUGCCAACGAGAAAGCCUUUCCCUUCUGGUUGUGGAUCGAAGGAAUCCUGGAUCUGAUUAAAAGACACCUGCUCUCCCUCUGGAAUGACGGCUCCAUCAUGGGCUUCAUCAGUAAGGAGAGGGAGAAGGCUCUGCUGAGCGACAAGUGUCCCGGUACCUUCCUGCUCCGGUUCAGUGAGAGCAGCCGGGAGGGAGCGAUCACCUUCACCUGGAUCGAACACGACGUCCACGACAAGCCGCUCUUCCACUCCGUGGAGCCGUACACCAAGAAGGAGCUGUCCGCCGUCUCUCUGCCCGACAUCAUCCGCACCUACAAGGUGAUGGCCGCCGAGAACAUCCCGGAGAACCCGCUCCGCUUCCUCUACCCUAACAUCCCGAAAGACAAGGCCUUCGGGAAGUACUACCCCAAACCCUCAGAGACUGCAGAGCCCAUGGACGUGGAGAAUGGGCCCGAGAAGACUGGCUACAUGAAGACGGAGCUCAUAUCUGUCUCAGAAGUGCAUCCGUCCAGAUUGCAGGACAACAUGAUGCCGAUGUCUCCCGACGACUACAAAGUUCUGUCCCAGUACGUCAGUCCCAGAGACAUCGACGCUGUGGCCAACAAUCUGAUUUCUGGAUUUGGACAGUUUGACGUUCAGAUGAGUGCAGAGUUCCCGGACCAAAACUGAAGGGUUUCUUCACCUCAUAAUGUCCUUUCUUCUUUCUGUCAUGCCAUACGCUCUUUAGUGGCGAUGGAAAGACCUUGACCCUGUCCGAUUACGAGACCAGGAUAGAGGUCAGUGAAGUAACCGAUCCCCUAGAGACAAAAGCCCCACCUGGACGACAUCAACAUUAUAUUAGUGAGGCUAAACAUUCAUACAUCUUGAACUUGCCUGUUUUGGAGAUUUUCAUCAUCGUCAAAAGUAAUCCAGUAAAUCCCUGUUAAUGUUAAAAUUGCCCCUCCUCCCAUAGAGAAUUUAUUUUAGACAUAACCCUGUAUGUAUAGAUUUUUGUUUUCUCCUCUCCAUUAAAUGUGAACCUCAAACUUCCGAGCAGCCGUAACUGUAAAACAGUGGAAUUAAAGAAUGAUUCUGCAUGACUAUAUAAUUUGGUAGCAAAAACUGUGAGCUAAAAGCAUGAUUUUUACAGCAAUCUGAAAUGUGUUCUAUUACACAAAAUGUUUCCUGUGGCUUUUUUUUUAUUUAAGAAACUAUCUUUUGCUUUUGUUUUCACGAGUAAUGGAAGCUAGCGCAAAUAAAACACAAGGAUGAAGCACGUGGAGUCAUUUUCUGUGGCACUUAUGUAUUUUCGUAGGGAGCUCAGUAACACUUUACUUGAAGGUAUCGACAUAAUCGUGACAUGACGCGGCCAUAAUCUUUGACGUGGCACUAUCAUGAACGUCGUAAACGUUAUGAACGUGUCAUUCGAAUUUUGUCAUGACAAGUUGACAUUGUUUUGGGUUGUCUUGAUUAUGACAACCUGACAUUAAUCAAAGUGACAUUACCAGAAGUGUUCUUGGUCGUGACAAGUUGACAUUACAUUUCUUUGGAGUGUCCUUACUAAGACAACAUGACAUUAAACAGGAUGACAUAUGUCAAGUUGUCAUGACAAAGACAUCCCAUACUAAUGACAUCAUUUUAAAUUUUUAUGUAUUUUAUUGAAAGGUGUCAAACAAAAGUGGACCAUUUUAAGUUUUUUUUUUUUUUUUUUUUUAAAGCUGUCUCUAUGCCGAAUUGCUUGGAUUGAUCGGAUCACAAGUAGAGCUGUCUAUUUAUAAACUAUAAAUGGUUAUUGUUAUUAUAAAUACACAAACACACACGAUAUACUGUAUAAAUAAUGAAUGUAAAUCAGUUAUGGGUUAUUGUUUAUAUUACUGUCUGCAAUUGUAAUUUUUCGGCCUGGGAAAAAGUGCGCUCCUUCCUGCUGUAAACUACGCCUUGCCCUGGCUUUGAUGUUUAUUAUCACACCUUUUUGUUUAUAAAUGGUAAAACAAAAUGUUGAAAAAUGUCAUGAAAAGUCAUAGUAUAGCAUGUGGAAAUGUUUUUAUGAAAGUCAUAGUAUAGUAUGUUGAAAGCAAUUAUUAAAACGUCAUAGUCUAGUAUGUCGAAAAAAGUUAUAACGUCAUAGUGUAGUAUUUCGAAAAAUCAUAAAGUACAGUAUGUCAAAUAUUUAUGAAAAGUCAUAGUAUAGUAUGUCAAGAAAAGUCAUAAAAACGUCACAGUAUAGUAUAUUGAAUAAAGCCACAAAAAAAGUCAUAGUAUGUCAAAAAGGAACUGUUCAUGUGCAGAAGUGGCAUUGGCAUGCCACCAAUGCAGGGUCCAAUGACCCCAGAAGAAGAUGACACCAUGCAACAACAAUAACAGAGCAUGUGGUCAGCAAGAGACAAUGAGAAUUAAUAAACAACUUUGGGUUUUUGAUGUUGA